AUGCAUACUGUUGAGUGGCCGAAACGCAGCCUGCCUCACGCACAUAUCCUAAUUUGGCUGUGCGACAAGAUUGAGGCCACAGAAAUCGACCAUCUUAUUUCUGCUGAAAUUCCUGAUCCAUCAGCUGACCCUGAAUUGUACGAGAUAGUGACAACCAACUUGAUUCAUGGUCCCUGCGGGUCGCAUUACAAUUACACCAACUGUGACAACAGCGACGGCAAAUGCACCCGGCAGUACCCACGAGAUUUCGUGGCGAAACCAUUACAGGGAGCGAUGGUUAUCCACUGUACCGGCGAAGGAGUCCCGCUGAGGGAGGAUUUACAGCCGUGUUCGCUCCAUCAAGAGACUGAUGCUGCAAUUUUUGGUAGUACGCAGGAAGAUUCUGUAGACGAAAUCCAGGACUUCCUUGCAGGGUGCGUCAUUAGCAGCACAAAGGGCCCUUGGCACAUAUUCAGCUUCGUUAUGUUUCUGCAGAUACAGCAAUGGAUGUGGCUGCGCGUACUAAAGACACAACGCUUACAGCGUUCUUCAAACUUUGUCGACAGGACGAGUUUACUAGGACUCUACUGUACCCAGACGUGCUUUUAUACUACGUGGGGACAAAAAAAAAGAACACCUGGGCUCGGCGGAAGUGCGGGGCCAACGUCGAGGGCUAUCCAAGCGUUAAUAAAGACGCCACACUCGGAAGGCUAUUCACGAUUCCCCCAUCGCGACAGAAAUGUUUUUACUUGCGACUCUUUUUGCACAAAGUUAGUGGUCCAACGAGCUACAAUAACUUACGGACGGUUAAUGGAGUUUUAUGUGACACUUUUCGUGAGGCCUGCUUCCGUCUCGGCCUUUUCGAAGACGACAGCCAGUGGGAUGCCACAAUGGCUGAAACAGCUCUUUUAA